AUGGCAAGCCCGGCUAAAAAAACACGAACAGAUGGAAAAUCAAAGCAAUUUUAUGUCAAACAAGCACGUAAGCUACAGAAAAAUACUCUCGACAGUGCAGAACGAGGAUUUCUAGUGACGUGCAAUUUUAAAGAACGAGAUUCAAUUCGUGAAGUUUAUUCAUUGUUAAAUGAAUAUUAUGAGAAAAUAAAACCAGAAUCUGUAAAGUCAGAAGAGGUUGUUGAAAAGAAUGAAGAUGACGAGGACGACAUUGCCAAUGCUAUUCAAAAUCAAAUUGAAAAAACAAAGCAAGAAGUAAAAAAUCGCUCACAUAAUUUUCAAUCUGUUGAUACAGGAGUUCAAAAUCUUUUGUUUAUAAAGACAUCGAUAGAGAAUCCACUCGAAUUAGGAUCGAAUAUUGUACGUGAUCUCGCUGCUACCAAGAGACGACGAACUAAAGUAACACUUCGAUUUCUUCCCAUUGAAACAGUUUGUAAAGCAAAACUUGAUGACAUUAAGAAAGAAGCUGAAGAGCUCUUUGAUAAGCAUUUCUCAGUGCCUACAACAUUUGCAAUAAACUUUAACAAACGAUUCAACAACGAAUUAAAACGUGAUGAUGUUAUUAAAGAAUUGGCGGAUCUGGUAUCGUCAAAGAAUUCAGCUAACAAAGUUGAUCUAAAAGAUGCUCAACAAAGUAUAAUUGUUGAAAUAAUCAAAGGAAUUUGCUUACUGUCAGUUGUUCCAAACUACUUACAGUUGAAAAAGUACAAUUUGAAUGAAUUGUGGGAAAGAAAAGCUGAGGACAAAAUUGAAGUUUCAGCAAAUGAUGAUGGAGGAGAAGAAGAAAAUUUAAUCGAAGCUGUAAAAGAGGAAAUUAUUGAAAACUAG